CUAAAAUGGUUUUCGAAUCUUCUUCGGGUUUUAAUAUAUAUCAAUUAAUCAUAAACGGGCCCAAAUAUUCAAAGCCCAUUAUAAAUUGUCCCGCCAAUUUUUCCCUAAUUUGUCUCCACUUUCCCGCUACUUGCUAAGCGUUCUGUGCUCUGUUUCUGUGAAUCAAAAAAAAAAAAAAAUUCACAGAAACAGAGCACAGAACCCAAAACCAGAAGAUUUUACUAGAAAGAUGGUGAGAGAAGAGGCAGAAAGGAGAGGAGAUGAUACGAUGAUCGAUGCACCGCAAAUCACUAACCCAAAACCAGAAGAUUUUUUCAAUGUUCAUUACCUCCGAAUUUACUACGGAAAUCUAUUUCCUUACACUGAUAUUCACAAAUGGCUUUCUUACGGACACGAUGGGAAACAUCCUGGUUGCGAUGAAUACUACUUUGGUCGAAGAGAAUUCUCUUUUACACUUGAGAACGAUGUUUAUCUGCGCUACAAGUCCUUCAAGUCUGUUUCAUCUUUGGAACACGCUAUCAAAUCAUGUUUUCCUUACAAGAUUGAUAUUGGCGCUGUCUAUAGCGUUGAUCCUGACAAGAGGCAUGCCUAUUCUCAAACUGGUACCAAUGUGUUCACUCCUGUGGAGAGGGAGUUGGUCUUUGAUAUCGAUAUAACAGAUUAUGACGACGUUAGAUACUGUUGCUCUGGAGCUGAUGUUUGCUCCAAAUGUUGGCCUUUGAUGACUGUUGCUAUCAAAGUCAUUCAUACUUCCCUCAAAGAGGAUUUUGGUUUCAAACAUAUUCUCUGGGUCUUCAGUGGUCGCCGUGGAGUUCACUGUUGGGUUUGUGAUCCUAAAGCUCGCAGGAUGACUAAUGAACAAAGAUCAGCAGUUGCUGAAUACUUCCGUGUUUAUAAGGGAAAUGAGAACAAUGCAAGAAAAGUCGCUCUUAUGGGUUAUUCUCUUCAUCCCUUCCUUGCGAGAUCGUAUGUGGAUUUCCUCAAGGGUUUCUUUGAGGGUGAGUUACAAGCAAAUCAAAGUAUAUUCUCUACCAAAGACAAGUAUGACAAGAUACUUGAGAUGAUUUCAGAUGAAGAUAUUCAAUCAGAGCUGAGAGAAAAGUGGGAGAAAUCUGCUAAUAGAUCAUCUCUAUCAGAAGAAGCCAUCAGCCUUGUUAGGUGGGAGCAGCUUAAAAACACCCUCCAAUCCAAGAAACACAAGGCUCCAACACUGCGUAUGUGCGUCGAAGAAAUUGUCUUCACCUUUACAUAUCCUCGUAUUGAUUUGGAGGUCUCAAAACAAAUGAACCAUUUGCUUAAAGCACCUUUCUGUGUCCAUCCAAAAACAGGUCGUGUAUGUGUUCCUAUCGACCCUAAUAACUGCGAUGAGUUUGAUCCAUUGGCAGUUCCUACACUUUCACAGCUAAUAGAAGAAAUCAACUCAGGAGGCUCCAAAAUGGAUGUGGAUGAUGAUGAUGAUGAUGAUGAUACAGAUACAAGCUUACUAGGGAAAUCAAUCAAGUUCUUCAGAUCCUCAUUCCUAGAACCCUUACUAAAAUCGUGCAAGGAAGAAAUAGAGAGUUCAUACAAAACCAAAAUUGGCAAGUCUAAGGAUUCAUUCAGCUGGUAACUCUGGUGUAUUGAGUUUACUUCGGUCGUUAACAGUCCGGUUAUUUGGUCUAAGUUUCGCUUUCUAUCAGUUUAGUUUGUAGUCUUCAUUAAGUUUUAGAAUCUAUCCGGAGAAUAGUCCAUCUCUUGUUGCUACGUUUCCUAAGAAAAUAAUAGCUUAUUGAUGUGACUGAGUUUAUUUAUAUGGUUAUGAAUUACACAAAAAGAUUUUACAUU